AGCGGAAUCUUACGGCCUUUUUGCAUUGCCCACUGGCGACGCCUUGAGGCGCGUCGUGCGUGUCUUUGUCCGAGAGCCGAAGGGAUACUACGCCAGAAGAGCUGCGUCCAAGAAGCAGAAAGUAGACCCUCAGGGGGUUAUAACUUAUGACCCUUUUACCUCACACAACUGAAUGGUUUCGGUAUUUGGUAACCUGAAUUUGAUCAGGGGGAUUCUCUUCAUGAUCAAAAUCAGGCUACCAAAACAAUACAACAACCGAGUUCGUUAGCAGUGGUAGCGCAGCUGACUUCGUCGAUUGGUGGCCGGAGACGGCAAGUAACUCCCUCUUGACUAGAAUUUUUAGGUGACUCGUCAUGUAGUGCGCGACUUCUUGUGCCAUGCAGUGAUGUUUCAUUUAUCAAGGUUCUUUACAAGCACCAUAUACCUCGUCUAAGAAGAGUCAAUCGGCUCGGAAUGCGAGGCCCGCAUCGUUUUUAGUCCACAGCAACAGACGCUUCUAGAGGAAGUCGCAGCUCUCGGACAGCAGAUUGAACGUUUUUACAAUG